GCUCUUACGGCUUAUAUUCUACCACAUUUUAAGAGAAGUUCUUUGGAGCGAGAAGAGUUCAGGCACGUCUAGUUUUGGCCAUAGUGAGACGAAGUGGCAAUGUCUUCACAAUAGAAUGGCAACUAGUUGUCUGUGCAACAUGAAAACUUGACAUUUCUAUAAAGUGAAGAUCUUUGGCAAAAGAACGUUUCUCUUAAAAUAAACAACUGUCUUCUUCAUCACAAUGUCCUACUACGACCGUAAAUACCGCGACUUGGAACUGAGCCACUCAUCGCCCAAGAAGAGCAAGGGUGAAUAUGCCAGUGACUUUUCCUCGUCCUACAUCCCUGGCCAAUUGAGUACAACAAGCCAAAACCACAUUUCGGACUUGCAACACCAUGAAAAUGUUUCUGUAAAAUCUGGGGUUACUCGGAGUGUUACGCAAAGCGUUAAAAAGUCCAGUGUGUCAUCCACGAAAAGCUCGGGAUACUCCAGCGAAGAAGGGAAGAAAGACGACGAUAUGGCGAUUGCCGACAUUUUGAAUUCUAGGACAAGUGGAGCGAUAGGAUCAUCAAUGGUAGCCGACUCCUACAAUACUAGUUCCUCUAAUUAUGAUGAUCUUCCUCGGCGGGUCGACAGGCCAAAACCAACAGAUAUUGGAUUCCAAUAUGAAGAUAUCCAAUCAUUCAAAGAGAGGCAGAAAGUCGAAGGUGAUCGUCUCCAGAUGCAUAGGCAAAGUUUGACUGGAAAUAUUGUUGGUACAGGGAAGCAUGGUGUUAUGCAAAGUGAGUACUCGAAAAGUUCUGAGAGUAAUCCCAAAGACAGCGAUAAAGCGUCUUACGACUCAAGUCGUGUAUCCCAUUACAAGUCUUCCAAUGAUGAUGAUCCCUUAUCCAGAGGAAAUCUUCUUGCAGAGGCAAGAGGGAAAAAUACUGAUCUUUCCAGUGUCCCAUCUAAUUCACAAGGUGAACAUGGUCACCUUGCCAAUGCAAAUAAUAAAGGUUCGAACCCCAGCUAUAGUGGCAGCAAUGAAUUCAAGUAUUCCAGUAAGUUAUCAAGGUCCAAUGAAAACAUAACGUCUUCUGAAGAUCCUUUAUUAAGGUAUGGAAGUACCCGUGAUUCAGCUCUUUACUCCAGCAGAUAUACCAGUGGGAUAUCAAGAUCGAGAGAGGACAUUAUAGGCUCUUCUAGAAAGAGCGAACCUCUAUCAAGGAAUGGGCUUCUGGCUGAUGAAAGGGACAAAAAUUUAGGUCUUCGUUCAGGCAGGUAUUCUAGUGAUUUAUCGAGCUCCAAAGAAGACAUUACAUCGUCUAACCAGGGUGCAAGUUCACAGUCGAGCUUCCAAUACUCCAGAGAGCUUUCGAGAUCUAAAGAAGAUAUCAUCGGAGACUCAUCCAAAAACAAUGUUUUAUCUAGUGCUCUCAGUGGGUCUGAUUCUCGACUGCAUACCCGAGGUAUCCUUCAUGACAGGCCCGGUAAUCGGGAUGAUCUCCAUGUUCCUCAGGAGGACCGAUUCUCAAGAUCUGACGCCUUAGUAGAAAAAUAUCUUCAAUCUAGUCGAUAUAAAGGUGUUUCCAAGCAUGUAAGCGAGCCUGAAUUAGAUCUCAAGUCCCAUCAUUCACCACUAACAGGGAUUAAAGAAGAAUCUAAAGAUGAUAAUGCCAAGAAAGACGUUACCAGUAAAGAAAAUGACGUGAAGCAUCACUCGUCUGGUGGGAAACCCAUGAGCUAUCUUCCGUCUUCUUCAAGCUACGAGGACUUGCUUCAAAGAAAGAGAGAAUCAUCUGCUGAUUCCAACCCCCCUGGCCUUACAAGGGAGACGGAUUACAACUCGAGGUACAAGUAUGGUGCUGAUGUAUCUAGUUCAAAACCUGGUCGUGAAGCAGAUCGAAGGUCUGUWGACCUUAGUGGCAUUUCAAAAAGACUAAGCACCGAGUUACGCGACGAAAGGAAAUCUCGUCAAGAUGCUAUUGAUCGACUACUACAAAGUACGCGACGAUAUUCGUCAGAAAAUAUUCUGGACAAGAAAUCUCAUGAUAAAAAUCUUGAUGAUGUUCUUGAUGCCAUUACGAGCAAAGAUCUCAAUAACUCAAAAAAGGUUGACAGAGAAGGCUCCGACAAAGACGGAUCUUAUCUUGGAGCAAAGAACAACAGAGACGCUGGUGACGAAAACUCACAAAAAAUAGGAAGCCACGUUAUUAAUGAUGCCGAUCGACAUGGUUUAGCACCAGGAAACGAGGCAGUGCGUCAAGGUGUUACAACAAGAAAUCAAAGGUAUAAUGAAUCAGCCAGUUAUGAAACCCCUUAUACGUCACUGGAUCACUCUGCACUCCGCUAUAGAAGGUUUUCUACUGAUGAUGACGGACCUAUGUAUGACCAACCAAUGAAAUCAGGUGAUCCCUCCUCUCAUCCAGAUGGCUAUGAGCGCGGGCUAAAGCCUGGAUCCAUGACAAAAACGUCCGAUGGUGGACCACAUGAAAUAUACGAUAAGCUGCGAAGAGGUAGUGACCAGACCCAACACCCAUCACAUGAAGGUCGUCACGUUGAUCAAAAUGCUAUCAAUAAGCGAAGAGGCUCAACCGAAGAGCCGAUUUACGAUCACCUGAACAGUAGUGCGCUCAAACCAUCAAGAGGACAUGGCAGUCCUAUUCCCAUUUCUGACAAGUAUAGUCAUCCACUAGAUAAAUAUGACAAGCCUAUUGCUGUUCAUGGUAGAUCACAAGACCCGUACAAACCUGACAAUCCGAGAGGAAGAGAGAUUGUGAGUCAAUAUCCUGAUCCAAGGGACUCUGGAAUGUCGUCUGAUUACGUGACAGAUAGUGGUGUGACAGAGACGACAAGAACCUCAUACAUGGAGCACACUUUUAUGUCACGCAACGGUGAAGUGAUAAAAGAUGAGACGAGGCACCAUGAAGAGGUACGUCAAGGUGGGCAAAACGCGAUCGAAGAAACGAACCGUCGAGGAAGCAGACCUGAUUUACCAACGCGUAUACAACGAUAUCCACCUGCAAUAACCAGCGAUGUCUCCAGUGUUCAAAGACCAAAUGACGCCCCAAAAUCCACAGAGGAUCACCGAGAAGAAAAGAACCCCAGACUUGAUGAUAUUCUCAAGAAAGCUGGCAUUGAUAUUAAAGACAGCGGAAACGCUACCAGUUUCCAGAAACAGUCCAGGAAAGACGAGGUCACUCGUAUUAGCGAUGACUCCAAUGUGAGAACAAAGGUUCAUAGAACUGAUGUCAAUACCAAUGUCAACAUCGUGAAGGAAGUGAUCACAGAAAGAAAGGAGAAACCGAAGCAAUCGCCCGCGAAAUCUGGGAUAGCCGGACUGCGAGCCAAAAUUGAUGCCUUGACCAAAAGCGUUGAUGAACUUAUGAAUUACAAGCAUAAAACGACUCUUAAAACGUACGUUCAGGAGCAUGGAAACAGACGUCCCUCAAAAGACMUCGAAGCACUCCCAAAACCAGAGAACUAUGAGGUGAAAAGCAAGCGUUAUGAGCCAGAUAUCAAGUUUGAUGAAGUGGACUACGUACAUAAGGAGGUCGAAAUAGAUGAAUUAUCCCAAAGGCCUACAAUACAUCAUGAAGAACUUAACCUUGAGAAUAUGUGGAAUGCUAAAGAUCAGCAGGGUCUUGAUAUUGGUUUACACAUUUCUAAGCAAAUAAAUCUGUCAGGGGAGAACAAGGAAAUGGAAUGGUGGAAUGCUCCAACUGCUGAAGACGCAGACAGAUUCCUUUGUAUAGGUGACUGGCAGUGGUGGAAUGCAAACACAACGGAGGGCGUCGACCAUAUCUUGGGUGUCCGUGCCAUCAACAAAGAAACUGGGGCUGCAGGAGCGAUUAUCGCAAAAUACCAAGGCGAUGAAAAGCCCAUUGAAUGGGCUUGGCUCCAGGCCACUCAGCAGCCUUCUCCUUCAGAGAAACGGCGAACCCUUACGCGUGCAUUCAUGAAAGAUAAGAAAAUCCCGGAUGAUUGGUGGGAUGCGCCUACGGCCGAAGAUGCUGACAAACAUCUAUCGAUAGGUCACUACAAAUGGUGGAAUGAGAACCAAACAGAAGGAGUCGAGAAAGUACUUGGAGUUCAGGGGUCGGCUGAGGAAACAGGUACCAUACUGGCGACUUAUGAAGGUGGCACUAAACCAACUGCGUGGACUUGGGUCCAGACCACCGAACAGCCAACUGAUCGUCAAGAAGAGAGAAGGCACACGAUCACGCGUUCGUCACGUGAUGUUUACAUUGAUGAGACUAACACCGGAAACGUGGAAUUGUUGGUCAGAGUGAAAGAUGAAGAGACCAUCAGCCAUCAACAACCUCGAUACUUGGCAAUCCGACCAGGUCCGAUAGAAAAAGCAAUCAUAAUACGUGAGAUUGUCGAGAGUGACAUCCCUCCAUAUGCAAGCGACGUGACAGUCGAAGGCAAGUCAGGUGAAGGUCUGGAAAUCCAAGAUGGCGUCGUGAAAAUGCGAAUUAAAGAUAUGACUCCCGAGGCAAGAAAAGCAUGGGUGGACAUCAUGGGAAUGGAGAAAAAGAAAUUCAAGCUCAAAGACAACGAGAUGCUAGAAAUACCAGUUAAAGUUGUCGAUCGUCCAAAACCCAGAGAAGAUAUCUAUGCGGUACCAAUGAAGAAGAAGAAGAAAUCACAGAAAGCUACGAGUGACGAGAAGCCAACGAUUCCUUCAAGAGAAACACCAGCAGACAAAAAGAAGAAGGAGAUGAAAGCAAAAGAAACCGAAAAAGAAAGAAAGAAACAAGAGCAAAAAGCCAAAAAACUAGAGGAACAAAGACGGAAAGAAGAAAAGGAGAGUAUAAAAAAGAAAGCGAAACUAAAUGAAAGUCAAAAGAAAAAGAAAGAAAUUGAGAGUGUGAAGAAGAAAAGAGAAAUAGAGAGCGUUAAGAAAAAGGAAACUGAAUCUCAAAAAAAGAAAAUAGAGACUGAAAAACUGAAAGAAAGGGAAAGUGAGAAAAGGAAAAGAGAACAGUCGGUUAAGAAAGGUUCAGUGUCGAGUAUCAAGGAGAAGGUUAAUAUUGAGAAGGUUGGGCCUCCACCGAUAGAUCGAUCUCUUAAGCCKAAGACAAAACCAGAAGACGUUAUCCAUGACACACACACCCAAGAAACAACUCAAAGUCGACGUACUUCGUAUGAUACUGUAGACAAUUCUCCGGGUACAAAUGUACGUCGUGGAAGCAACAAGCGAAUGUCACAAAUCCAAGUCACAGCGCUCCACCAUGAAGGCUCUGAAACUACCAAACCUGGUACCAAGGUCGGUCCUGGAACUCAUUCUCCAAUAAGGAAGCCUGGACCGUUUGCUCUGUCGAAUAAACAUGACAGGCCACAGACGACAAGAGGACGGAUUACUACCACGCAGAGCCAAUCAAAAAGUUCACGCACAGUGUUUGGAGAGACAAGCAGUCCACCAAAACGACCAAGUUCGUCUGUAAAAGUUUUAAGUCGUGUCAACAACCCUCAAAAUGGCGCCGACAUUGUGAAAGGCAAAAGUGGUAAUUUAAAUAAAAGGUCCGGUGGAAGCCAAGUUGUUGUUCCAUUACGUGGAGGUAGUAAGUCUCCUGAAGGUAAUGGAUACGCAGUUAUCGAACAUUCAAAAAGCCAGAAGGUUCCUGGCCAGCAUAUCAGACAGACCAAAGUCGAAAAGACCCACAAAACAUAUCGAACGGAGACAAGUAACCCCGUACAACAUCAUCUUCCAUUAAAGAGUAGCGUUAGUGACAGCCAAGCGAAAGUACACAUGAUUCAUGGUCCUAGUGAAGACCUUUUCCAUGCUGCCCCUGUCGUAAAACACAAAGAAACUCACGUGAUGGAAAAUAGGAUACUCGAUCGUCGUUCAAGCGGAGACCCCUUCAAUACUGUCCCUGUAGAAAGGUAUACUAAGGAAACCCAUGUUACAGAUGACAGGGUACUUAAUCGUCGUUCAAGCGGAGACCCUUUCAAUACUGUCCCUGUAGAAAGGCAUAAAAGAGAAACCCACGUUGUCGAAAGACGGGUACUUGACCGUCGUUCCAGCGCAGAGCUCCUCGAUUCAGUUCCUUUAGAUCGAAGAGGAAGUGGUCACUCUGUAACAAACUUAUCAGUUACCAGCCGAGCAAGUGAAAGCCAGCCCAGUGUUGUYCAAAUGGUCCGUCGCUCUAGCGGGGACCCUUUAAAUACAGUACCUUCAGAACGUCGAGGGAGUGGUCUCUCUGUGAAAAAUCUAUCAGUGAUCAGUCGGACAAGCGAGGACAAGCCUAAUGCUGUUCAAAUGGGGCGCCGUCCCAGCGAUGAAAAAGCACUCGACAGGAGAAGGGGAAGCGGACAUUCGGUGACAAAUCUUUCAGUUACUCGCCGAACCAGUGAGGGCAACACAAAUGUUAUCCAAAGCCGUCGUUCAAGCAGUGAUAAAGUUGUUGGGGGUCCCAUGGAGAGGAGAGGAAGUGGCCACUCUGUUACAAAUGUUUUAGUGUCCAGUCAUACAACCGAAGGACAGCCCAAUGUACAGAUUCGACGUCAAUCAGGUGCUGACCAAAAGGAUGGGGCUCAGAUGGAUCGACGUGGAAGCAGUCAUUCCGUACGAAAUCUCUCCGUUACAAGUCGCACAAUCACCGAAGUGCAACCAACUGGCCACAUAGUCAAAGCUGAUAAUAGCCAAGGUACGGACGUUGUACACUUGAGACGUCGUGUCAGCGGGGAUCCAUGGAAAACAGACGUGCAAAUGCCUAAAUCACGUGGUGGGGACCAUGCUGUCAUGAGCUUAGACGAACACCCAUCUGCAAGUUACUUUAGGGAAGAAAAACAGUCACCCCAUGAAUAUAUGAAGAGGGAAAUUAUCAGAAAGACAACUUGGUCUGAACAGGAGAUGCCACCAAGCAAUCAAUAGCCUUACUAAAUGUUGCAUUUAACCCUGCAUUUAUUUUGCAUGUAUUGAGUUGAGCUGUACACAUAAAUUUUAUUUUUAAUUUCGGGUUUUGGAAUACUACAUUUUGCAGUUCCAACCGCCAUCUUGAAAGGUGACCAAGUCUUUGCAUUAAAGCUAGACAGAAGUUGAACUUGUAAUGAUAGAUACCUGUGAAUAAUUGUCCUUAGGUGUGAACAAAAGGUAUCUACCUAUCACUGCAGGUUCAACUCCUGUCUCGUUUUGAUGCAAAGACUUGGUUACCUUUCAAGAUGGCGCAUGGAACUGUAACUUAACGCAUCGCCGAGUGCUCGUGCUGUUUCAUAAGUUUACUGUACUUUUCGGGAGCGUAUGAGAACUACUCAAUGAUAAAAUUAAUGUACCAAACUAAACUUUCAAGUAGUUUAACAACAAUAUGACGUGCAUGCGACGGGAUUCCGGGUUCCAAGUGUCCUAAC